AUGGCCAGCGCGCCAAAUUCGUCCGCCCAGCCCUCUCUCGCCCUGUGCCGUCCCCUUGGCGGCAAAAACUUGCCGUCCUUGUUUGACCACGCUCCCCUGGCACCCCGCUUCCGCCGCCCUAUCCCUCACACAUCCCACCCCAUGAGCAGGUCAGACGACGACCCCCCGUCAGCGGGCAGCUCCCCCUCGCCCCCGACCAAGCGCCGCAAGGUCGACGACUCGUCCUCCUCGUCUCCGCCGAAUGGCGCCCAGCCGACAGAAAAGACCCCCACCCCGCCCCCGCCCCCGCCGCCGGACGCCGAUCCCACAUCCCGCAACAGCUCCGACAAGUCCUCCUCGCCGCGGCCACCCGACCGCGAUCCUGACGCUGAGGAUGACGCUGUCCGCCGCGGGCCCCGUGUAGCAGAAAUCGACAGCCUGGACGGUGUCCGGCCCCCGCGCAGAGCAGAGACCAAGGAACCUCCGGCCCCAGAUCGUGAAGCUCCCGUGCCCCCAUCUGACGUACCUCCGGGUUCCCUCAAUCCUCCGCCCCCGGCACCCCCACAUUAUGCGAUGGCCCCGACAGGUGUCGCACCUGAGGUCGAUGAUGUGUUGCAGCGCAUCUUUGCUUCGGGUCUGUUUGAGCAGCGCGAUAUUGAUGGCCGCGCCCUAGAUCUUCUGGGAAGUGUGUCGACGCAACUGGCUUUAGCCGCUUUGGAAGAUAUUCAACGCCGCGACUUUUCCACGGUGAGGAACAAGCCGGCAUUUAUUAUGAGCAUAUUCAAGCGUGUUAUCGCAGGGGGCGGCUCCAUUCAGCCCCCACCUGGUCCGCCACCGGGCGGGUUUCCCCCGACGUCGGUACCAGCAUCCGCACUUGCCCAUCUACCGCCAACAGUGUCGGACGCUUUGCAGCGUGUGUUUACCUCUGGAGUAUGUCAUCCGAGCCAGUUCGAUGACCGCGCCAUGGACAUUCUCGUCGACUUGGCUGAGCCAGACGCCGUGCGCGCAUUGUCGGAGUUUGCUGCCAUGGAACCGGGGCGCGUGCGAAACCCUUCGGCCUUCUGGAUGGGGCUUGCUCGAAAGUACAAAGGCCACUCUCGAGCUCCAGGCGGCCGAAUGGGUCCAGACUCGGUCCCCAGUAACUAUGGAUCGGGCUUCGAUCCGUCUGACGGUUACGGGCGAAGCACUAGUGCGCAGGGUAGCUUCUCGGCUCUCGAUCAGCGCUUGGAUGAGCUUGCCAACAACGGGACGCUCUUGCGAAAUGUUCUCGAUGACCGUGCGCUUGAAGCCUUGCGACGGUUGCCGGAACAAGAUGGACUCGCCGUUCUCGCAGAGUUGCCUGAGCCGGCUAGGGUUCGGAACCCGAGUGCAUAUGUCAUGGGCUUGUGCAAGAAGUUUGCAAACGGAGAGGCGCGAUCUCUUUCACAACGAAGUAGCACUUAUAGUGCCGGCGGUGGUUACGGCGGCGCCUAUGGCGCGAGUUAUGGAACUACAAGCGCUUACGGUGCUCCAUACGCCACCGGCGGAUACGGCGCUCCGCCAACAGGAGCUUAUGGAGGGGGGUACGCAGCGGCUCCCGCGGCGCCGUCCUACGGUCUGUCUCCAUAUGGCACUCAGCCCAGUGCAAUGGCGCCCAGUUACGGAUCUGCAGUGCCCCAGCCAGCUGAUCCGAUCCGAGCAAGAGAAGUUCGCGAAGCUCUUGACGGCAUGGAUUCAUCGGUAAGAGAGCGAUUCUACAGUAUGACAGAGCGGGGCAUUAUCUCGGACACAACAUUUGAUGCUCGGGCGAUUGGCGCGUUGCAAAGUAUGCGUAGCGAAGAAGCGUGCGCCGCCUUAGACGAACUCGCCGCAAGCGAUCCCGGCAGAAUUCAUAAUAUAAGCGCGUACUUCAUGGGGUUGGCCAAAAAGUUUAGCAGACCAGCGAUGUAAGGCGUGGCGUGGCGUGGCGCUUUCAAGAUAUCGAAGAAGACGUGCUGCCGGGCGACUGUACUCCGAGCAUUACACCCGCGCUUUAUGUUCGUGCUCUGCCCCAUGAGAGCGCUGAAUCAGGGUGCACGACUGGCGGGGCUGCCGUAGCGAUUCUCGAGAUACGACUCACUCGUGUAUGCAUUGCAAUUCGAGACCGAAAACGAGGCGUGCGUGCCGUUCCACCAAAGAUCAGUCUUUGAGGCUAAAUUGCUUUCUACGUGCGCUGCGAUAACGAUGUAGUGCCUCUUUUAGUCAACAAUCCUCGAUCGCGACUUUUUUCGGUGCGACCGCUUGCCUUACUUAUCCGCUUCGGUGCUCAGGGGUGCUCAUGCCAAAUGCAGACAGGGUGAAGGGAAACUUCACUUCUUCUUACUACACUAUCUCUCCCGCCCAUUCUCUUCCUUCUAGACCUGCACCCAAUUGUGUUAGUCGAAAGAUUGGUGCCUGGCUUCGAACGACGAAGUCUUCUCUGAAUUCUGAUGAGUUUCAGUACAUUGAUCGAUCAAAUUGCAACAAGGAGGACGGUAAGCUGGUCACCAUCAUUCUGAUAGGUUUGUAAGAUAACACCGGUUCUCCCAAGAGAGAACCGGUGUACUCGACACGUGCAUCAUGUUAAAAGGAAUUUUAAGCGGCAA